AUGCCUGCUAUUGCGAAGAUUCCUGAGACUGUAUCCGAAUACGAGACUAUCGUCUCAUACCUUCAGUCAAACACUAUACCACAUAAUAUUCAAAAUAACCGAGUAUCGAAAGCCAAUUUUAUUCGUCGCUGCAAAAAAUUCCUAAUCGAUGAAAGAAACAUCCUUUAUGUUUCCACCGUUCGUGACAAUACCGAAAAGCGCCGCCGUGUAGUACCCAAAUAUGAUGAAGAGCUACGUACGUUAAUAUUAGAACGAUUUCAUGACCAAGCGAAUCAUCGAAGCUACCAUAAAACAUACGCUGCCAUUUCAGAGAACCACAUCGGUAUUACGCAGGAGGAAGUGCAAGAAUAUGUAAACAAAUGCACCGCUUGCCGAUUGUGUCAAGAGCCCCUUGGCAACAUAUCCAAAUCGACCUUAGACUUCCACGAGUUUGUGGAAAACAACAACGAAUUUGCAUGGUUAUUAACAUGUGUCUGUACGUUUUCUAAAUUCCUUAUUGCGGUACCAAUGAAAAAUAAAGAUGUAUUCAAAAUCUUAGGUUCCACCAGCAAUACUUCAAAGUGA